ACCGGGCACCGUCGACGCGUCCGCUCUCGGCCCGAGCUGCUAUGGGUUCUUAGAGCACAGGUCCUCCAGGUGGACUGAUUCCGUCACCAGGCGUCGUAAGUUGCGCACGAUCGGUCCAACGACGGAAGGGGGAUAGCUUGGUCUCCCGAUCGGACCAGUUCCCGAACCGAGCCCGAGCCUGGGAGCCACGCGACUCGCCACGCGCCGCUCACGCGCUCCCUAAUCGGCCAGUUCGCGCUUAACCGUGAGCCCGAGAGCCCGAGAGACCGAGACCGGCCCGAUGAUCCAACAGGGCACGCCGUGCUCCGACCCGUUCCGCCGCGAGUGCUCCUGGUAGCAGGUGAGACGCCCGAGCCGGCCCGGCCCGAGCGCGGCCCGACCGCGGGUGGCCCGAGCUGCGUGCCACCUUCGCAAGGUGAGAACUGCAGGUGAGAGGGACUGGGCAGGCGCAUAUCGCUAGACAGCACGCACCUGGAUACUCGUCGGCCCUCGUAGAAUGCGGCCAGUGGACUGGCGGCCACUGUUUCGAUCCCGGGGCUGCUCCGGGCAGGAUAGGCCGCAGGAUAGAUGUUCUUCCCGCCGGUAGAACCAGCCAGAGAGACCGUGCAGUGCUCCUGUGUCGCUGGAGGAGUCCGCGCGCCAGGCAGAAGGCCGAACAGGCUUGUCAACAACGCCGAAGCUCGCCCUCGAUGUCGUUCGUAGCCUCGCGCCGCCUGGUCUCGUCUUGGCUCGUUGCCGCGAGGACAUCGCUCGGGACGACCCUUCACGCCGAGAUAUCUUCCAGCGAGCCGCUACCGUCCCCCACCUUGGCGCGGACCGAGACCCGCCAGGCCCCUCGUUGUUGAAGCGGACCCCCUCUGAGAAACCCCCCCAGCGGAACCAGCCUUGACAAUGUCGCUGCAUUAUCCCCAAGGGUAUCGGUACCGCUCGGCCAGCAAGCCUGCAGGGCUAGGGAACGGCGAGCAGGGAUCGGACAGCGACGUCGCCGAGCUCAGCGACCUCGAGGACGACGAGGACGAAGACGGGGGCGGUCAAUCGACCGACAGUCGCAUCCUGCCGCCUGAUCCCGAGGACGACGACGACGACGAUGACGACGACGACGACGACGAGGACCCCGAGGACGACGAGGACGACGACGACGACGACGACGACGACGACGACGACGAGGACGAGGAGGAUGGAGAGGAGCUACCCUACCCUGGUUUCAUGCCGGUCGUGCUGAGGUACCUCGACCAGAGCACACGACCGCGCAACUGGUGUCUGGCGCUCAUCACUAAUCCGUGGUUCGAGAGAGUGAGCAUGAUGGUGAUUCUUUUGAAUUGCAUCACGCUGGGGAUGUAUCAGCCGUGCGUCGACGACCAGUGCGUGACAAAUCGCUGUAAAAUAUUACAGAUGUUCGACGACAUCAUCUUCGCCUUCUUCGCCCUCGAGAUGACCAUCAAAAUGGUCGCGAUGGGCAUAUACGGCAAGGGCACCUACCUCGCCGACUCCUGGAACAGGCUCGACUUUUUUAUCGUGGCUGCCGGCGCCCUGGAGUACUGCUUGAACGUGGAGAACAUGAAUCUGUCGGCGAUACGAACAAUAAGAGUUCUAAGACCCCUGCGCGCCAUCAACAGAAUUCCGAGUAUGAGGAUACUGGUGAUGCUGCUGCUGGACACUCUGCCCAUGCUUGGCAACGUUCUCUUACUGUGUUUCUUCGUCUUCUUCAUAUUCGGUAUUGUCGGUGUUCAACUGUGGGAGGGUAUCCUGCGGCAGCGUUGCUUCCUGAAGGCUCUACCCAACGUGAAAUACCCGGAGUUACUCUCGGACGAGUACUCGGUUCGAUCACGCAUUUACGAUCUCGAGAAGUACUUCGAGUAUCAGGGUCAGGACUACAUUUGCUCGCGGCCCGACGACAACGGAAUGCACUCUUGCAGUAACUUGCCGCCGCUCAAGUUAGGAAACGUGGUAUGCAAUAAUACCGCGUUGCCGAACAAUAAUACAACGCACAUCACCAACGACACCUGCGUUAAUUGGAAUUACUAUUAUACGGAGUGCAAGGGUCAGGGUAACAAUCCUUUCCAGGGAACGAUAUCGUUCGAUAAUAUCGGUCUUGCCUGGGUCGCAAUAUUUCUUGUAAUUAGUCUUGAGGGAUGGACAGACAUAAUGUAUUACGUGCAAGAUGCUCAUUCAUUUUGGGACUGGAUUUAUUUCGUCCUUUUAAUUGUGAUCGGCUCGUUCUUCAUGAUUAACCUGUGCUUAGUCGUAAUAGCAACCCAAUUCUCCGAGACGAAGAAGAGGGAGAUGGAAAGAAUGCGAUUGGAGCGGGCUCGGUUCCAUUCUACGUCCACCCUCGCGUCAUCGACUAAUACGUCCGAACCGACCACGUGUUACGCAGAAAUUGUUAAAUAUAUCGCACACCUGUGGCGGAGGGGCAAGCGGAGGCUAAUGAAGAGGUACCGGCUGUAUUUGUACAAAAAGCAGCAGAAACGGGAGCAGAACUUGCUGAAGGAACAGCAGCAGCACGGACAUCCGUUUCGAGGAAGCGCGCCCGCUUCUGCUUCGAAUAGAUUACCCGGAGAUAGGAGGCUGCACCACGGCAGAUGUCCUCGGCUGCUAGCGGCCCUGGAAUACGCGGAGCAGCAUCAGCAACAAGGAAUUGGUAGCGGCGGCGGAUCAUUAACGGACUUCACCGCGAAUAGUCCGCCGACCCAGCCGGCGAUCCUCGGCAAUUCUAUCGCCAUAGCCAGUAAUGGCGGAAGCAACGGGAACCUGGCCAUCGCACCGCGCGCCAGCCCCGAAGUUUCCGAAGCGGACGUCUCCUCGAAUAUUUGCAACCGUUUGGGCAUCCAUCGGACGUCCUCGGUGUCCUGUAACGGCAGCGAUAAUGUCGUCUCGAACGCCACCGAGGCCAGCAUACAGACGAACAACGCACUGCUCAGCCCGCCGUGUAUGCACUAUCGAAGGAGGAGCAGCGUGAUGUUCAGCGACGUGGUGCUGCUGCACGGUAGCCCGAGCGUUGGCAACGCGUUGCAACCGAGUACGACGGUGACACCGGGCGAACGUAACGUGUGCUCCAGCGAGAAAAUGACACAGACCGGUGACGGGAAUGUCUGGUCGAGUCCGCUGGCUGAUCCCAUACAGUUGCAGGCGGAACUGAGCAGAAGCGAAGCGAUGACCUGUCAAGAAUUGCUGGCGCUUGGCGGUGCUCUGAGCGCAGCGUUGCCAACGGGCCAACUGGCACUGGACUCCUUCUUGAACUCGCUGACAAAAGGGAUAAGGGAUCGGCACAUCACUCUGGAGGAUCGCACGCAGUGGUUAACGUCCGACAUCGAUAAUUGUUCGUGUUGCUGCGAGCUGCAGGCAGCCGGUGAUCAAUGGCCGGACGAGACUGACAAAUGGGCGAAGUCCUCGAGGGCGAAAAGGCUGCUCAGGUCCUGCGGCAGCUGUUGCGUAUGCGUGAUUAGGUGCAUAAGACGGUCGAUCAAGAAGCUGGUCGAGCACAAGUACUUCCAACAGGGUAUCCUAGUAGCGAUUCUGAUCAAUACGCUGAGCAUGGGCAUCGAGUACCAUAAUCAGCCGGAACAAUUGACCGUGAUCGUCGAAAUAAGCAAUAUUGUGUUCUCGGCGGUGUUCGCCGUGGAGAUGCUACUCAAGAUCAUAGCCGAGGGCCCGUUCGGGUACAUCAGCAACGGGUUCAACGUCUUCGACGGGGUCGUCGUCGUGCUCAGUGUCGUAGAGAUCUUCCAGGCGUUCGUCGAGGAGCGAAGCGGAAGCUCCGGGCUGAGCGUGUUGCGGACCUUCCGUCUGCUGCGAAUCCUGAAGCUGGUGCGAUUCCUGCCGAACCUGCGCCGGCAGCUGUUCGUGAUGCUGCGAACGAUGGAUAACGUUGCCGUAUUCUUUUCCCUUUUAGUACUAUUCAUCUUUAUAUUCAGCAUCCUAGGGAUGUACCUGUUCGGGGGUAAGUUUUGCAUGAGGUCGGACCGGCGUCGGCCCUGCACCUGUGCCGAGGUGGUCUCGCGGCACCCAAAUUGUCGCUGUGAUCGCAAACAUUUCAACGACAUCGUCUGGGCACUAGUCACGGUCUUUCAGAUCCUGACGCAAGAAGAUUGGAACGUUGUGCUCUUCAACGGCAUGCAGAAGACCUCCCAUUGGGCAGCGCUCUACUUCGUCGCCCUGAUGACCUUCGGGAACUACGUGCUCUUCAAUCUCCUGGUCGCCAUUCUCGUCGAGGGCUUCUCCUCGGAGAGAAACGAGAGGAGAGAACGGGAGCAGAGGGAAAUGGCGCGGCUCGCCGCGAAAGAAGCAGGAAUGGGAAGCGACGACGGGUCCUCGAGAAUAUCGAGGUCGCAUUCUAUCACCGAUAGCGAUACCUAUACUCAGGACCGGAAGAACUCGUGGCAGAGCUGCGAGGAGCUGCGCAAAUACAAAGACAACAACAGCAGGGAGAAGCAGAACACCGUGUGGAGGCAUCAGAUAGACGAGCCUAAAUGCAACAUCCAGAAGGAGAACAAGAUGUUGGGAGGCGCGGGACAACCGCCGAUAAUUACCCACACGGCGGCUACCCCGCAGGACUCGCCUAACACCACCCUAGACGUCGGAUACAGGGACUUGAACUGCCAGGCUGUUUAUCCAACCGCGGCACUGUCGAUCGAAUCUAUCGAUCGUUCAGGCAGUCAAUGCAGCAUUCCUUCUGGACUAUUGAAACUACCGGACGUUUCUAACAAGAUACCAACCAAAAACCUAAUCGCCGGACAAUUUCCGCGGCGAAUAAGCCUAGUCACUGCUACCAUCAACCCUAGGGAACCAUCCAGCUCAAGCAGCCCGCCAAGAAUACAAAGGGGUUAUUCGUGGAAACUAUCUCGUCCCUCUCUAAGAAGGAAACACUGGUCGCAAAGCGAGGAUGAACCUCUUGGGAGAGCCACAGUUCUAAACAAUGGUCGGAGCACUUUGCUCGGCUCCAAUUCGACCUUCAACGGCGGUUAUUUGCACGGUUCCAUAAGAAACGACACGCAAUGCGAUACGCCGAAUAAUCGUACGGCCGUCCUAACAAGCAAUAAUCGUAGCCUCAGCCCUAAUAACUCGAUAUGCAGUCGUAGCUCCUCCAUACGACGUUACACGGCGACGCCUAAUCAGAUGCGUUGGAUCGGCGACCUGUCGCGAAGAACCUCGCUGCGCGGAUACGAGAACGUUCAGUCGCCGACGAGGAAGACCCUACCUCUGGACGAGGUGCACGUUCAAUGUGCAACGGCGCGUACAAUCAAUAACUUGUCGAUGGAGACCGGUCCACUGCCCAGAAUCAAGCAACUUCCCGAUCAAGAUGACGACAAUCCGCGCACCGACGAACAGGCGACCCCGUUGAACGGCCACGGAAGCGCGAGCAGCAUCGAGAGGAUCAAGAAGAUCUUCAUGUUUUUCGAACCGAAAGGUUGCCUUAAAGAACGCGACGAUUAUUCGCUCUAUCUCUUUCCAUCGAACAACAGGUUUCGAGUUUUCUGUCGGCAGCUGGUCGAUCAGAAAUGGUUCGACAACGUGGUGCUCUUCUUCAUCGGGCUCAAUUGCAUCACAUUGGCGAUGGAACGACCGAACAUACCGCCCGACAGUGGGGAGAGGCUUUUUUUAUCGACAGCGAACUACAUUUUUACGGGGGUGUUCGCCAUUGAAAUGUUCAUCAAGGUCGUUGCAUCCAGCAUGCUGUACGGUUCGGACGCUUACUUCACCUCUGGCUGGAACAUCAUGGACGGAGUCCUUGUGAUCAUCUCCAUCAUCGAUUUAUCAAUGUCCCUACUUUCGUCUAGUAGUCCAAGAAUAUUUGGAAUAUUGAGGGUUUUUAGACUUUUAAGGUCGCUGAGGCCGUUACGCGUUAUUAACCGAGCUCCUGGUUUGAAACUGGUUGUUCAAACAUUGUUGUCCUCUUUACGACCUAUCGGCAACAUCGUUUUGAUAUGCUGUACUUUUUUCGUAAUCUUCGGUAUCUUGGGCGUGCAGCUCUUCAAGGGUGCCUUUUAUUAUUGCGAGGGGCCUGACGUUAAAAAUGUGCGCAAUAAGACGGACUGCCUAGCCGACAAACGGAACGUUUGGCUGAAUAGAAAAUAUAAUUUCGACGACCUCGGCAAAGCUUUGAUGUCGUUGUUCGUGCUGUCGUCGCGGGACGGAUGGGUGAACAUCAUGUACACCGGACUCGACGCCGUUGGCGUUGAUCAACAGCCAAUCGAGAACUACUCCGAAUGGCGUCUGCUGUACUUCAUAGCGUUCAUCCUGCUCGUCGGUUUCUUCGUGCUCAACAUGUUCGUGGGAGUUGUGGUGGAGAAUUUUCAUAGAUGCCGCGAGGAACAAGAGAAAGAGGAACGCGUGCGAAGAGCCGCCAAACGAGCCCUGCAGAUGGAAAAGAAAAGGCGAAAGAUGCACGAGCCACCUUACUAUACGAACUACUCGAAGUCCAGGCUCUUCGUUCACAACGUUGUAACAUCUAAGUAUUUCGACCUAGCAAUCGCUGCGGUAAUCGGCCUGAACGUUGUCACAAUGGCAAUGGAAUUUUACAUGAUGCCGAAGGCUCUGACUUACGCCCUGAAAAUAUUCAAUUAUUUCUUCACCGCGGUCUUCAUCCUCGAAUCCUUCAUGAAGCUUCUUGCUUUGGGUGUGCACUUGUACUUAAAAGACAAAUGGAACCAAUUGGAUAUUGGUAUCGUGAUAUUGUCGGUGGUUGGCAUAGUCCUCGAGGAAGUCGAAUCGAAGAUCAUCCCAAUUAAUCCCACGAUCAUCCGGGUGAUGAGAGUCUUGAGAAUCGCCAGAGUUCUGAAGCUACUGAAAAUGGCUAAGGGAAUACGAGCUCUUCUGGACACUGUGAUGCAGGCGUUACCGCAGGUCGGAAACUUGGGACUAUUAUUUUUUCUGCUCUUCUUCAUAUUCGCGGCACUUGGUGUGGAGCUGUUUGGCCGGUUAGAAUGCAACGACGACAUGCCGUGUCAAGGACUCGGCGAGCACGCCCACUUCAGCAACUUCGGUAUGGCGUUCUUGACGCUUUUUCGCGUGGCCACCGGCGACAAUUGGAACGGCAUCAUGAAGGACACGUUAAGGGACGACUGCGACGAGGCAGCGGACUGCGUGAAGAACUGCUGCGUGAGCACUAUCAUCGCGCCGAUUUUUUUUGUAAUUUUUGUAUUGAUGGCGCAAUUCGUUCUCGUGAACGUCGUCGUCGCAGUGCUGAUGAAACACCUCGAGGAAAGCCAUAAACAGAUGGAAGAUGAACUGGAUAUGGAAACGCAACUGGAAAGAGAAUUAGCUGCUGAACAGGAGGAACUGUUGGAGGUGGAAGAAGAAGAAGACGAAGACGACAGUCCAAGAAGGGAUAGGGAUGUGGAUGACGGCGUUGGGGAGGAUGACGACGUCAGGGAGCGCGAGUCCAUUUUGGUGACGAACGACAAGAUUCCUAUCAGCAGACCUGGUCUCGCUAAAGUCCGUUCCUUGCCUGCGAACUUUAUUUAUAAUCCACCGCGAGAGAGGAGCGGAGACGAUGGAUCAGUGUCCAUGUCACUGUCGCGUCGCAGCUCGUAUCAUCGUCCCAAUUCAAGGCCGUCCAAGUUCAAGUCAAAGCGUCGACAAACGUUCCAUUCGGGGCAUCACCAGAGAAGGUCCUUACUGCCGAUGCACUUCGAAGUCGCCGAAGUUUUCGAGAAGCCUGUCAGCAAUCUAAGUGUGCCUCGAAUCAUUUCUCAACACACUUACGAAUCACCAGCAACCCGUGACCUUGGUCGGCCGCAACGUCACCGGCUACAGGCGACCAGCGACCCGCAAGACAACAAGUCCCUACUGAGCGUGAGCAGACCACCGCCAGCGAGCUCAUCAUCCCCGGUGACGCCGGCCGGCUCGGUGACUGGUCUAGCCAUCCCGAAACCGAGCAGCGAGCGUUACCUUCUGCCAACGGCCACCAUAUACCCGUCCAAGGCGACGUUGAAUCGCAGACCGUCAGGCGACACGCAGUCGCAGUCCGACACGAACGUGAGUUCCGGGACCGGCAGCAGCGGGUCAAAGACAAUGACCGGUACGAACGGCAGCAGCGAACCAUCAAAGACACUCAGCAACAAAUCCGAAGACGCUAAAGCCAAGGACGAGAGACGCGUAUCCGCGCCGCCGGCGGACGACUUCGACGUACAGUCGAUCAUUAACGAAAGGAGACCGUCCAAGCUGAAAGCCGGUGGCUCGUCGGUGGUGCUGACUGGCGUGCCAGAUCAGUACAGCGCCGCGAUCCGAGCCGGUAGCUACGGACGCAUUUACGUCGCCGAAGAGAGGUCCGAGGACGCGGCCUCUUCGCCCCUGUCGACCGGCAACGCCAGCGACAGCCAGGUCGGCAGCGGAAGCGGCAGCGGCAGCGGUAGCGGAAGUGGCAGCAGAUCCGGCAGCGCCGUAGUCUACAUCCCGGACAACGUCUGCGCGAGCUUAGGCACCGAAGUCAGGAUCUACGUCGACGACACUGACUCGACGAGUAGCAACGGACUCCGUCGAAGACAGCACAGCGGCGACGAGACGCCGGACGCGUCGACGAUCGUCUCUUCGGCGACUCCGUUGAAGGAGGAUGCCGAAGAGACGGAGACCGAGGCUACGGGCAGAGGGAGACCGACCUCCGACGGGCCCUCUGAUCAUCCUUCUUAAUCGGAAACGAACCCCCGCCUCCUCCCCCGUUCGCAACCGGUCUCCACCCGGUGACUUUCCAGUUUUUAAAACCGUCAGCCGACCGCCAUGGUACCCCCGCGGCGAUGUACCAUGGGGUAGCUAAGCUGCGAGGGCCUCAGACCCUGGGCUCUGAGAAAGACUGUAGUGCAUGACAAUAUAGUCGUUAUAUUCUAGUCACUUCGUCGCCGUGAACUUGCCAAAACCGACAAAACGAAGAAAAAUCCCAAAAAAAUGAGGAGCAGAAAUAAUUAUCGCCGAGAGAGAGAGAGAGAGAGAGAGAGAGAGAGAGAGAGAGCUCGUGGACCUUUGGGGGUUCUAGGGGGCAGCUAAUGCGAGGUGAAUCGCGCGGGCAGGAAGAACUAUAUACGGGGUGGGAGAAGCAUAACGCAACUUGAUGAAGAAGCGUAAAAAGGAUUAAGAGAACCUAUGACAAUCUAUUAUUGCCAGACGGAACUGGUUUUACGUUCCGAGACGUCGCGGACGGAGGUCGAUCCGUAGGAAUUGGGUAGGACGAAGAACGACGUAGACCUUUCGCGCCGAUAAAUGAGAAAACAAUUAGAGAAGUUCCGUAGCUGUUAGGUAGAUUAUUAAACGUCGAGUCUACGCGACGAUCGCAAUUAAUCGGACCACACUUUCUCGCCUUUCCUUUUUCUCCAGCUCGUCGGAUACGGGAAUGAGCGAACGUUGAUAGAGAAGGGAACACGAGGUGGAUGACGAGGAGCACGACGAAGAGAAACUAUAGAGAGGGAAAGAGAUGCGCUCUGUCGUUCGCAGCAGGGUCUCGAGAGUGUGGUAGCUCUCGGGCAGCGUUGUCAUGGACCGGGUAUCGCAAUCAUGGUCUCCUUUGGUAGCCGCGUGUAUGACAACGCUGAUUACUCGAACGACGAUGCCAAAACGGGGAACGGUCGUUACCGAAGUGCCAGAUUAUAAACAAAUCUAGAUAACAGUGAGAAAAAAAAAGAGAUAUAAACAUAAACGAUGAAAACUUUCCGGAGGAAAACGUAGCGCGUAGAGACACACACUCUCACAUACACGGACACACACAGAGAGACACACACACGUACCUAGGUGUAAAAGUGAGAGGUCGGAGGAAAAAAAGAGAGACAAGAGAGCGACAAACGGGAAAAAUCGUUAGCAAAAAAAAAAAAAAAGAAACCACUAGACGUUAAGGACGUACCUUCGUAAUGAGAUAUUUUCAGAACCAACGUACAGUCGACGGGAGCGUUCGAGGAAGUAGGCUGAAGAAAACUAUAUUGUUACUAUUGGCUGAACACAAUCGAUCGCGGCCAGUUCAUGAUAGCUCUUAGUCGAUGAUAAUGAUGGUAUAUUUUGUCUCUUUCGCUACCGACGUGUAAUCUAGUCGAGCCUCGAGGUGUAUAAUUGUAAAUGUGAUUAGAACCUUAAGACUAAAGAAAUCCGACGUUGUGAUAAUCUUGAAUACAAAUUGAAACUCGUACAAUCUUAAAUCCUCCAUGUCAAUUGGUACACUCGACGAGUUCACGUGGAUAGCUUAAUUAACCGUGAGACAGCUGCCGUGUAAACUCUUCCGGAAUUAAUGCUGCGGCGACCAACGAUCGUGGAAUAUUCACCCCCCACUCUCCUUGACCCUUCACACGACCCCUUCUUCUUCUUCUUCUUCUUCUUCUUCUUCUUCUUCUUCUUCUUCUUCUUCUUCUUCUUCUACCUCCCUUAUCGUCCCGUUUCUCCAAUAACCCUCUACGCCUCUCUUUGCCCCAUACCGUCUCUCCUCUUCCUCUUUUUCCUUUUUCUCGCGCGUUUCUAGAACGUUCUUCUCGUUAACAUCUGUGAUAUACUUUAAUCGUAGUGUAUUUUCCUGUAAAACGGCUAAAAAUGGGCAGUGAACAUCCAGAGAUGUAGCGACACAUUACAAAAAAAAUAGUAAUGAGAGCAUGAUGAUAACAGAGUAAACGGACCGGAGAGAAGUAUCGUAGCAAAAGAAAAACAAGAAAAAAAAUAAGCAGAGUACGAAAACAAUUAGAGGCGUAGCCGACUUUUUAAAUGAAAACGAAGACGAGCGUUUCACCCUCUGGGCAGAGUGUUAGGGGGACGUGUAUACUAUGCAGGGUGAAAAUUCAGUAUCAGUGCAAGGGCGUCGAUGGAACUCGUUUCGGAGCAAGUUGAAAGUUUCCGAAGAGCGUAAACUUAAGUCUUAAAUUCGAUCGAAACAGAAUUCUGUAAUACGUAUGAUUUACCCUAAUUUGUUCACGUAACAACGUACUGUAAUAAUGUACACUGUUUCACUUUUGUGAGUAUAGCGAAAAAACUUUCCUUCAAAGAGUGAUGAAAAGUAUGUUCACAGACUAAAUAGGACUAACAAAUUGUUGAGAAACUAAAGUUGCACACAGGCUUUGGAAACCUUGAGGUACAUAGACCGAUCAUGUUUCUAUUAUACUCAUUCAACUUCCCCUUUCUUCGAUGCAGUCCAACGAAAGAGUUUGAGAAUUAAAUGACACAGUGACGAUGGCACAAAUGAAACGACAAUCCUUAUCGAGUAUACGGAACGAUUGUUUUUGUCAAGACAUCAUGGUAACUGUUUCUUCAAAUGUGAGUUCUAUCGUGCUCUACAGUCUGUACUAUACUCUAUUUACACCCACGCUAUGUGUAUACAUUGUCGGUGGAAGAGGUAUAGUAAAUUAAGUGGCACACGAAGCGCUAACAAUGUGGCCGCGAACCACUAAAUGUAUUACAGGGCCUCCAUAACGGGCCUACUUAGGCUCUUAAUCGGUUAUGGUCGGAUCAAAAUCAAUGGACACAGCUGGGUCAUUCUGGGAAAUAAGUUUGUAGGCGAAGAUGUGUCGAGUUUCGCUAAUCAACUGUCUGAUCAACGCUAAGGAUGAUAAUUACAACAAAUAGUCUUGUUUGAAUCUAAGAGUUUAAGGUAUAAAUCUGCUCUCUGUACUAAAUAGAUUUGUGAGAAUAUUCUGAAGGUGUAUUGGUGAAGAUGGGGCAUGCACGAUGACCUCGAGUGUCCACUUGGUUUAGCUCUGAGUAUAGCUUGCCAAUGAAUCGAAUUUGGCCCUGAAAUGUUAACUCCCAACAUACAAAGCUGCAUACCUCUUCUAUCGACAAGAAAUACGGUGAAUGUCACUUGAAACUGUGUAACAUGAUGCUGCAACGUUUUUAUUUAACGAAAAUGAUCGAGUAAGGUUUGUUACACAUUUCUAAAUUGAAUAUUACACCAAAGUCAUUCAUUGUUCUCUAAAGAAAUGACUUUCUUAACGGACACCGAAGUACUAUGGAAUAAGAGUUCGAUAAUGCUGUAUAUACGAAAUUAAGUUUCAGUUUAUGAACGAUUGUGUACGUAUCACUAUUAUCCAUCAUUCUUUGGUAAGAUUAUACACUAGUCAUCCUUUUUUGCUCGUUCAUUUAUAGUAAGGCAACUUUUUCAAACAUAGUGUAUAUAAUAGUCAAUUAUGAACUGAGAUAUAAGCAGAUUCAAACUUCGUCAAAUUAAUAUUCUCAUUGACUUGUGCUCAGUAGCUUAACGAUUGCAUAUAAGGUACAGAAAUAAGCUGUUGUAUAUAAUAUGCAAGUUAGGCUUUUGUAGCGAUACCAACGUCAGACGUUUAUGCAAAAUAUGAUUUUUCUACCGGACUCCUGCUAUAGAGCUUGAUUGAAAAAAAAGAAACGAUACCACAGAUAACAUUGAAGGAAAUUGAAAACAUUUGUAUACAGUUUCAAGUAAUGGUCCCCGUGUAAGUAUAAUAGGGAAACUCUACUGUACAUACAUACACUUACGAAUAUUCUACAUACUCUACACUUGGUGUGGUUUAUUUUGAUACUACCGUGUGCGGUAAUAUUUAACGAUUGUCGGAAUAAAUCCAACAACAACAAAAUAAUAAAAAAAAAAAUGAACAAAUAUCUAAAGUAAAUAAAACUCUAUGCCUUCUAACGUUGACGAACGUUGACGAAUCUUCGUGCGGUGGUGGUGCCCGCGCUUCGGACGAUCAAUUGCGAAUGACGACUCCUCUUCGUUGACUCGAAGCAAUAGGCUGUUAAUUAAAUAUUUAUCAGCGCUGUGCGCCUCGUUAUACGGACCGGUUCGAAAGCUUCGAGACCCUAGGAAGCCACGAUUCUAUCUGAGAAAUAGCUUGAACAAACUUUUUAUUUAUUUAUCGAGCCCUCGCCUAAGCGCUGCUCGACUUAUAAACUUUCGUUACACUCGUUUUCUAAUGAUUAAUUUUAAUUCAUUUAUCAGUUCUAUCGAAGAUCGAUUCACGCGUCUCGUGGAACACGAUUGUACUUCAACGGAACAUUGUAUGAGACCAUGUAAAUACACUUUAUAAACAUAUAAAAUAAAUCAUUCAGUUCAUUUGCUAUGUAUAUUUAAUACUGCACACACGCCAUUAUUUACACGUGAUCGAUUUAUGUUAAAACACACGAUUGUUCGAUUAAUUAGAUCGGUUCGAAUAGUUCCAUCGAACGGUAAAUAAAUUUUUCAUUCGAUUCUCUGUUCGUUUAAUUCUCAUUUUGCAUAAACAUCCGCUGUCUUGACGUCUUUGCGAACGAUCAGGAAAUUCGUUAACGGUGCAAAUGUACCGGAUUAAAUGAACUCAAGGAAGAAAUUCGUGAGUUAAUAAUUAAUUACUGCGUUCAACGAAAUGAUUUUCUGAGCUCUCGAAACUAUCGAACGAUCCUCGUACUAUAAUGUUAAUCGUGUCACGUGAUAGACUGUGUGUUCGCGAGAAUCAAUCAAUUUGUUGCCAUUCCAAGAUCGAUGGACAGCUAGCAAUUGUAAAUUAUGGCAUCGAUCGCUGUUACUAGAUUCGUAGCGAUAGUAUCUCUGUGUAACACGUUAAAUUGUUGAUCGAACCGGCUGUCGAUCGACUUUGGCAAUCGGCAUUUCUCUGCAUUCGGCCGAAAUUAUGCGAUUAGGGUGAAACAGAAAUCAUUAAAAAAAAACGAUUCGUGUUAAAGCAAGACCGUAGGGUUGCAGCGUAAAACUCUUUAAUUGUUAGCUAGCCAAGUAAUAAUAUUAACAAAUAAGGGAUAAGAAUGAAUGUUCAUUUCAUUUCGAAGCGGAGAGAUUAGUUCACCCGUAUAGACGUUCUAUUUUUUUUUCUUUCUAAAUAAUCGCAUGAUAAUUUCUAAGCUGUUCGUCUCGGUUUAAUUCUAGCGGAAUGACUAUUAAAAAAAGGACUAUAGUAUCGCUGGACUGCGAGAUUUAUGCACUUGUAGCAUAAACGAUUGUCGAGAAUUCAGUGUAGUAAACAUUUUGUAAUGUUCAAUGCGCUUUGUACUUUAUUUCGAACCUGAUUAAAUAUUUAACGAUCUUUUAAACAAUUUUUCUUUCGAUCGCCAAGUAGCAAUACAUUGUAUUUUAACAACGCGAGAUUCGAUCGAUUUUCGACCCAGUCGAUCUCUUCGAGUAUAGUGAUCGAGGCUGAUUAGGGGUGUUAACUGUGAAUCGUUGAAAUUAUGGGAAUUCGAGCGAAAGGUCUGAAGCGAUCGAAUAAACAUAAUCCAUUGCUAUUCUACGUUAUUUUCUUUCAAUAUUCACAAUCAAUUUCUUUCUAAAAUUGUUAUAAAUAUUAAACUCAGUUCCAGAUAUAACUUUUCGAUAUCAUGCGUCUUCCUUGCAAGGUAAAUUUCGUUGAAAUUCGCGACUUUAAUUAACGCCAAUGUUGAUCGAGGACAACUCAAUAGGCCAAGAUCAAUCGAAAUGAUUUUCUAAAAAUAUAAACCGCGACAAAAUCGCCGGAGGAAAAUUAUAACACCGUAUUGGACAGCUCUGGACCUCUCGAUCGGACGAUCCCUCGUAUCCUAAUCUAUAAUCUAGUUAAUCUGCUAAUCAUAGUAAAAAAUGCGUGAAGUGAUCGCGGCACCACGACCGACUCUCGAUAGCUCGAUAGCGUUAGACGACUGAUCUCCGAAUUAUAGUUUACUCUAGCCACGAUUCAAUGACGCGUUUUGCCGCGCGUGGUCAUUAGGCGAGUCCGAUCGGAGGAAUAACAAAAACAGAAGAAGCGAGAGAAAAGAGAAACGAGAGACAGAGAGCGGAGAGCGUGUAAUUAACAAAUCGGUGUAAUAGAGUGUGGAUUACUAAUCGCUAUAGAGGAAGCUAAACCGUAAACGAAAACACGAGCAAGAAAAAAAAAUUGUAAGAAACUAAACGAUAUGCAAUCUCGCGUGUGUGUGUGUGUGUGUGUGUGUGUAUGUUGUAUAUACAAUGUAUAUUUAUAGCUGCGUAUACAUGCGCACCUGGAGGCGACGAUCCGCCGAUCAACAGGUAGAUCUUUUCAUCGUGAACUACUCGGUUCGAUGAGAUCAUCGUAGAUCGUUUAUUAUUACUUUGCCUAUCGCGGUAGUCGUUUCGCCAUCCGGCGAAGGCCGAGUCUAUUCCGAACCAGGAUGGUUCGAAACGAUUCAAAUCGCGAGAACAUCCUCUCAUUUGUUCGAUUAAAAUGUAUUCGUCAAUCGCGCGUGGAAACCGGUUGAGAAAAAGUUCUGCGACACUGAUUUUUGGAAAAACCUAUUUUUGCAUUUUUACAACGAAAACAAAACAAAGAAAAACAGAAUACGAUUAAGUAAGAAGCUUUUUCUUCGGUCUUCAGUUGUGGCACAUACGUGAAAGAAUCGAGUGUUCGAAAGGCUCGAUAACGAUUUGAUUUUCUAAAUUACCUAGUCCGACUUCGACUUCGACCUAAUCUCGAAGCUCUCGAGAGAGAUACACUCCCGUACAUAAAGCCCGUAUAAUCUAGGAUGUCGAAAGUCUCUGAAAUUCUAAAACUACUUGAAAGUAUUGAUGUUGUGACGCGCUUGCAAAUUAGUUAGACGCAUACACAGACCGUGACCAUCGAUGACGAUUCGUAUCUAAUUAACGGCUUUGUCAAAGGCUGAUUUCGAGUGCAGGAUUUCGUUUAUCCGGGCCAGGCUCUGUGAGAGUCAGUGGUUCGUGAAAGGGUCCACCUUUGAUAUGAAUAGACACCGGCGAAGUAGUAUGCUCGGUGGGACUGUAAUCGAGAGCACGUCUUGCCUCGGCAUCUCGAGCAUUCUCAAAACUAGAGGAGAAACUAAUGAGAAAGUUUAUUUAAAAAAAUCUGUUAAAAAGAUCAAUCUCGACACCGAUCGAAUUCUGGCCUAUAAUAUGAAGGAACGUCUGCUUUACAGACCUGCCAAAUUCGAAGAACACUGGUCUAUUAAUUACCGAGCUUUUUCAUGCGAGCCAAUUUUCAAAAGCACGAUUUUUGCGCCAAAGGAGAGCUCACUAUGUAUCGUUCCCUCAGCCGAAGAAAUCGUCGAUUGGUCCCGCCGGGUACGCUAAUUGACUGUAUCGUUGCCUGGAGGUGUGCGCCCGUAUAGUUACGUGAAUAUAAGUACAAGAAACGUAAUCAGAAUUAUAACGUGUUAUUCAGUGUACUUGUUGCCGCGUGCCUCUCGAGUCUGUUCUUCGCCCCUAGAAGAGGCAGUGCGUAAUCGUCUAUUUGAAAAAGACCAAAAAAGCGCCCCCCAAAAAAAAGCAAACACAAAAAAGAAACAUAAUGGAAAGAAGAAGGAGAAGAGAAAUAAAGCGAAAGAAAAAGAGAAGCUAGCCGCCACCCUCGGAAGUACCGUGCUGUUUUAAUUGAAAGCUGUAUCGGAGGAACGUUCGUUUGAGAACGUGAAUUUCAGGUCGUCGGUACGAUCAGAGACGGAGGGGAGGGAGAGGGACAGAGAAAGAAUGUACGUGCGCGUGGGAGUCUGAAAGAAUGACGGAGCACGACGAUAGAGACGUAGAACAAGACUAAAUAUGUACAAAUGUAAUAAAUUGAAUGACGAUUACGUUGAAUCGA